AUGGGACUGAUGCCUUCUUAUUGUGAUCUUAAUAAGACAUGCUUAUCUUUUCCAAAGUGCUCAAUGUUGUUGAUUUUGUUGCAGGCUGCUCGAAUGCGUACCAUGUAUGGAAAUGAACCAUAUUGCCUGAAUCUUAUUGAUACCCCAGGGCAUGUAGACUUCUCUUACGAGGUUUCUCGUUCACUUGCUGCUUGUGAGGGUGCUCUUCUUGUUGUAGAUUCCUCUCAGGGAGUAGAAGCUCAGACGCUGGCUAACGUUUACUUGGCCUUGGAAAACAACCUUGAAAUAAUCCCUGUAAGGCCAUGCAAUAUAAUGAGAUUCUCAUCUAUAUGUGUUCUAAUAGCUUUCAAUUCAUUACUUAAAAGAUGUCUUCACUUCAGUUAA